AUGUAUAAUAGAUUAUUUUGGUCUAAAUACAUCUUUAGGGUAUUUCACAUUUCCACCGUCACCAUUCUUAGUGGAAAUAUAAUUUGGAAAUAUUUGUUUACCUCCUAAAAUGAAGAUCCAUCAAAAUUAAUUUAAUGGAUUUUGUCGUUCAUUAUGAUUACUUCUGGCUUCAUUAACACAAUUUUGCUAGAUCCAAAUAAUAAAAUGAAAUAGCAAUCUAAACAAUGGAUUGGUAUGAUGCACACUAAAUUAGUAUUAUGUAAGUAUAACAUUUAAUUAGCAAUCAUCGUAAUGACACCGAUCUUUAAUUAAAUUGUGGAUGAUCACCUUGCUUUAGAAAUAAGAUUCGUAUUUAUCGUAUUCUGGAUCCUAAUCUCACCUUUCUUAAGGUUUUACAGAGAAGCAUGGUCUGAACAUCAUAGAGGAUAACCUACAUAAUUAUAAAUGGUUUAGUUUGAAUAAAUACCUGAAUGA